CAGUCGUGUUACCUGCAUCUGUGUGACAGGUGCUAACUGUCCCUCUGUCCGUCCGAUCAAGACAAGAAACAGCCAUUUCAACAAGGAAAUGUCUGGUUAAUCUGCUGUUAAUGUUGUAGACGUAAUAGUUUGGCGUUUUGGAGCAGUUUGUGCGGUUUAGCUAUAUGUUAGCUAGUGUAAACCGGUUAGCUUAUGCGCUGCUAAACAAAACAACGGCAGUUACCAAGAAAUUCUGCCGAAAACUGAAACUGUAAAGGUGCUAUAGCGGGAGUUUUCGUCAUUUUCUUUAUUUAUCCAAUUGCACACAGCCAAGAUGAAUGUUCCCAAAACUGGUUACCGCGUUUUUUCCGCAAAUUCGUCCGCAGCGUGCACAGAACUGGCCAAAAAGAUAACCGAGCGACUUGGAGUUGAACUUGGGAAAUCUGUGGUAUUUCAAGAAUCCAACAGAGAGACUAGAGUGGAUGUCAAGGAGUCUGUACGUGGCCAGACCAUUUUUAUCAUCCAGACUAUCCCCAGAGAUGUUAACACUGCCAUCAUGGAGCUGCUGGUCAUGGCCUACGCUCUCAAAACAUCCUGUGCAAAGAACAUCAUCGGAGUCAUUCCAUAUUUUCCCUACAGCAAACAGUGCAAGAUGAGGAAGAGGGGCUCCAUCGUGUCCAAACUGUUAGCGUCCAUGCUAGCUAAAGCUGGACUAACUCACAUUAUAACCAUGGACCUACACCAGAAGGAAAUCCAAGGCUUCUUCAGCUUUCCUGUGGACAACCUGCGUGCCUCCCCAUUUUUGAUACAGUACAUUCAAGAGGAGAUUCCAGAUUACAGAAAUGCAAUAAUUGUUGCAAAGUCACCAGCAGCAGCCAAGAGAGCGCAGUCGUACGCAGAGCGUCUCAGGCUGGGGCUGGCUGUGAUCCAUGGAGAGGCUCAGUGCUCCGAGUCAGACAUGGCCGAUGGCAGACACUCCCCUCCCUGUGUGCGAAACACCACCGGACACACUGGCCUUGAGCUGCCCUCAGGCAAACAACAAGCUCCGUUCCCUGGCAUAGAGCUCCCAAUGAUGAUGGCCAAAGAGAAGCCUCCCAUCACUGUAGUCGGAGAUGUUGGAGGAAGAAUUGCCAUUAUAGUGGAUGACAUUAUAGACGACGUGGGAGACUUUGUUGCGGCCGCAGAGAUCCUCAAAGAGAGAGGAGCCUAUAAGAUCUACAUCAUGGCCACACAUGGUUUACUGUCUGCAGACGCUCCCCGACUCAUAGAGGAGUCUGCCAUCGAUGAGGUGGUGGUGACCAACACUGUGCCACAUGAAGUCCAGAAGCUGCAGUGUCCCAAAAUAAAGACGGUGGACGUGAGCAUGAUCCUCGCUGAGGCCAUCAGACGCAUCCACAACGGAGAGUCCAUGGCCUACCUGUUCCGUAACAUCACGACGGACGACUAGACCUGCGGAGUAAUUCCUUCUACUGCCAGUGGAUGGCGACCUAACCCCAGUUCCCAGUACAGGGAGUGCACUGGUAGGAACAUGGCGUCUAUUACCUGUAAAUAGCUGCUACAACUUACAACUAAAAUGCCAAAGCAAAAGAUAAGAUGAGAUAUGCCUUUAUUUAAAAGUACUCGAGUGUGUGAUUAAAGGCCAAUAACAACACAAAUAUGACAAUGAUCAUAUCAGGGGCUGCUAAGCCUCAGUUUGAAUAAUUUGUUCAUUAUGAUUAACUCUGUGUUCACGCUUUAUUAAGACUAAUUAACAUGUAGUUAUUUAUGUGUUUUGUGUCAUAUAAAACACUAUUAAAUAAGUACAUUCUAAUUGACAGAUGGCGGUUGCUACUUUUUUGUGAGUAUUUCUGUGCUCAGGGAUAUUCUAAGCCAUUUGUGUGUUUUGUGUCACUGUUCUUUUGUUGACAUUUAAAACUUGUCCUUCCUCUGUCUAAACUUCUUCAUUUUCUUGUAUUAACAGUCUCAGAUUCCUCCUGUCAGAUGGCGCAGGUGGUACAAGGUUGUAUUUUUGAUAUAUAUUUUUUUUUCUUCCCCAUUCUGUCACUGCACCAGCUCUUGAUCUAUUCUGGUCAUUGUCAACUGUCAGCCAGUCUGUAUUUUUCCAAGUCCUACAUUUCAGAGAUUUGUCUGCUGUUGUACGUCAAAAUAAAAGCGUUUGAGCUGCA